GGUUAAUUGUUGUUAGACCUACCACGCCUUUCGGAAGACGCUACUCAUAAACUCGUUCGGCCACAAUUUCCAGAGUGAAAAGUAUCUGUUCAAACCGCACAGGGGCAGAAAGGAUUACCUCAGCAGCGGUGAGCCCAGCAAGCAUCUCGACCAGUGAAGGACUCAAGUCCCCAGUCAAUGAUGAAGUCGCUUACAUACCUGGUGUUUCUCUGUGCUAUGUGUGGCGCUGGAUAUGGAGUUCCAGAGCUGGUAGAUUAUGUCCCUGAAAUAUUGCAAGCUCCCAUGGAAGGAAAAAUCACUCAGACAACAGCUGCGUUUCAACAACCACUCUGUGUAUUUGAUCAAACUGAUCCUUCCUGCACCUUCUGUGAGAUUUGGUUGGUUGUCAAUAAUGCAACAACGAAUUUAGGCUUUGACAGGAAUAAUUCACAUGUGAAUCCUGCUGAUUACAUGUCCAAAGAUUUUUCGAAGAAUGGUUUUUACCUGACCGUAAAGACUACGAGAGAUCAGUAUCCAUGUCCUAUGGAUAUGUUUAAUACUACUAUGUUCUACGUCAUUCGAGUUGGAAAUGAAACACCUUGUACUACUGACAACUGCAACAAGCCCUUAGCUACUGGUUCGACUUUCAGAGUGCGUUAUAUUUUGAGGCAUCCAUUUAGAAGCACGGACAAUGUUGUUGCAAUGACAAAGUGGUCCGCCAGUAUCAAGCUCCUGGAUGCUGUGGAUUACAAUAACCUCAACACCUCGACAAGGCGCAGUGGAGGCAUGGUUGUCAUAACAACCAUACUCUCUAUCCUGCUGUUUUUGCUGCUGUUAUUGUUUAUCACUUUGCUCGCCAUGGCUUGUUGCAGACGUUCCACCUCAAGCAACUUCUCUGAACCUAUAACCACAUUUGGCUCCCUUCGCCGAUACAACACCCACAGCUUGCAAAACAAAGGAAACAUCAUCACCGCAAAAGGGAACUUCUAAAGCAAUGAGAACGAUGCUAAUACUGACUAUAUCUACAUGAAUCCAGCAGCCUUCCUCUCCCUGAGAACCUCACCCACUCUCUGAUCACACAGCAGAAUAUCCCAGGUAACUUUGCUGUGCUGGUGUUUGGAACAAUGAAGUGUCCCACAUGCUGAUGAUCCAGACGUUAACUGUGGAUAAUCCCAUGGUCAGUUUCUCUCCCUUUUAGAUAACAGAGGUCUCCUUUCUCAACGUGAAAAUAUGCAUGCAAAGUGAUAGAAAAAUGUUUUGUAUUUAAGUUGACGAAUGACUGUUUUAAACCUCCUACACUUGUACACUCCAGCACUGCCUGAUACGCUGGCUGCACACAUCAUCCUAAACCUUACAGCAAAGGGAAACCUUUCUACUGUUAUAGAAUCUAUAUGAAGCCUAUUUUGUCCCAAAGAUUCAAAAAAAGUUUGAUUUAAUGUAUUACUAUUGCCUGAUCUGACAUUGGUUCACAGAGCAAUAACGUCGCUGCCCAGUUCUUGGCCUUUCAGAAUCAGGUUUAUUAUCACCAGCGUGUGUCAUCAAUUUGUUACUUAGCAGCAGCAGUUCAAUGUAAUACAUAAGAUAGAAGUAGAAAAAAAAGUAAGUAAAUAAAUUACAGUAUAUGCAUAUUGAGUAGAUUAAAAAUCGUGCAUAAACAGAAAUAAUAUAUAUUUAAAAAAGUGAGGUAGAGUUCAUGGGUUCAAUGUCCAUUUGGGAAAUGGAUAGCAGAGGGGAAGAAGCUGUUCCUGAAUCGCUGUUCCAUUAAGGUAUUCCUGUGUACUUGGGCAUCUGCCUUUCCUUAUCCAACAGUUGGCCAGCGUGUUUCUGAUAAGCCUUCCACUUCAUCCAGUGCCUGUUAUCCGGAUCGCUGUGCCAAGGAAUGGGUUCAGUUCCAUUAGAGUUUUCUUGUGGAUUGGGAACUCAUUGCAGUCCAAUAGAUGAACUUCUACUUUCUCGUUGCUGCCUGACUCUCAAUUUUAUUAAAUAUUUUCUAAGCAAUUGACACUCUUUUCCACUAUGAAGCUCUUUGAUCAGUAUGCUGCUAGGUCAAAGUAAUGUUGUAUCAAUCGCACACUGGACUUUCCACUUCCAUCACGUAACUGAGUUAGUAUUGAGAUGAAAGCACAACUGCUUAGCCUAAUCACACACAACUUUGUGCUAGAAUAUGCUAGAAUGGAGAACUGACCAUAUCUCUAAAUUUCCAGAUGGAAAUUUUUCCCCAGUGCCAAGGAGACUCUUAAAACUUGGAGAAUUUUGAUCAUUUUUUCUUUUCACUGCAAGCAAGGCACUACAUGAAUAAAGAAAGAUUCAAAACCAAGUGGAUAUUGUGGAGAUUUGUUUGAGAAUCUUUCAGAUCGGAAGAGACUAAGAGUGAAAUGUAUGGCAGGUGAGAGGCAUUUCUCAUUUCACAGCCUCGCCUUUGCUACCUAAUGUCAAUGAACCUAUGAAUGAUACUAUUAUGUGAGAAUAGGUUAAGGCGCGUAACUCCAUACGUUUCAAUCAAGAGCACAUUAUUAAUCUGGCACCAUCUCUAUCUGGAUUUUUAUAGAUGGGUCUAGCAAGCUAAUGACUUCAAGAAUUCAAACCUUUCUAAUUGUGAUUGGAUAUCCAAAGAGUUCUAAACAUAAUACACCCAGCAUUACAUUCACGGUGUUAUUAUAGUUGUUGAAGAUGAUGUGCUAACACACAGAGUAUUAAGCAUUCACUGUUUUCCCAUAAGGUAGAUUGAGUUAGCUAUGCCACCCAGAAAGGAGAGAUAAUCCAGCCCAGCUUCUUCCUACAGUGAAGCAGCAAAUGUCUGCAGCUUAGACACCUUUACUUCAAGAGCAGUAGAGGACAGGGAAAAGGCAGAUAAAUCAACUCUUGUUCAGGUGAUAUUUAUGAGGUCAAGGUAGAAAGCCCAGAGAGGAGAAACUGCAGAAAAAAUAGAAUGAAUGUUGAAGUAUUGAACAGAAAAGACGUGGGAAUGCUGAAUAGUUGGUUUGCAUUGAGAAGCACUAUAUUCAGGUGUACUGAGGAUCCAAAGAGUAAACUUUGGAACACCAGAGUGUACAAUUACAUGCCUUGUGACAUUUCAGACAAUCCACCCUUCAGUGGUUUUGUGAAGAGCAUUACCACCCUUGGGACAAGAGUAGGAAAAUCCCCAAAAACUGCAGAUUUUGGAAUCACUGGAAUCUUCCUCAAGACCGGGAUAUGUUACAAGUGGGUAGAGGUAUGGUGACCUGAGGAACCAAAUGUGCACCCAGGAAGGGACAUGGAGAAACAUGCCUAAAGGUUAAACAUGAUGUUAGCAGCAGGUAAAGGCGAAACUGUUGAGGUUUAUCAGAGGCUCAAUAGAGACAGAGAGAAUGCAUGGACUGCAGAAUGAUAGACAUGACUAUUGGCUGAAGUGGAAAGCUGUAGUGGUACAGAAGUCUGCUGAACGAAAUUGUUGUUAAUAUAACAUUGAUUAGAAUUGCAACACUAUAGGAGUUUCUGAAACACAAUAUGACUUGUGACUUUGAGAGCGCUUUGAACACAAAUACAGGGAAGUUGCUGCCUGCUGGCAGUAUCACAGUUCUUCCUGAAGCUAACAACAUUUAAAAAAAAUAGAUUUGUUCUGUGAGCUUGUACAAUACAGCAACAAUGGAAGAUCCCAAUCUCAGAUAUGUGGCAGAUUGAUGUGCUAAGAAAACCUGCCCAGUUCUAUAAAGUAACAUUUAUUCUGCAUGAUAUUUUAUGAAAUACUUUUGUAUAUUAUUAUGUUACCAGGAUUCUUUUGUUCAUUCUUAACACUGGGGGGGGGGGUAUUGUAUAUGUAAAAUGUAAACUAAUUUCU